AUGGACCGCUUCUCAGAUUUACCCGAGCCCCUCCUCGUCACCAUAAUCUCCUUCUUGCCCUUCAAAGAAGCAGCAAGAACCACUCUUCUCUCCAGGCGUUGGCGCCACCUUUGGCGUUCCACCCAAACCAUCGACUUCGACGCGCGUUUCUUCAUCAACGUCGACGCAAGCAGAGAGGUGCAGAGACAAGUCUUCCUUGAUUUUGUGCGGCACUGGAUUGCAAACUACCAACAAUCCACUAUAAGCAAAUUCUCUCUCGCGCUUUCUCAGCCGAGAAAUUCCCAAAUGGUCGUGGAAAAUUGCAUCACCUUUUCUCUUGCGCGCAACGUCAAACACCUGGUGCUUGAUUUUUCUGACCCCACAUGGAAUGAAGAUGACUUUGAAGGUCUUGCCGAUCUGACGUCGUAUGAGUUGCCUCUCUCUGUUUAUGGUCAUGAACAAGUUCUUGAAUCUCUGACUCUGUUUUCUUGCAAGUUUAAUACUUCUGGGUUCAAGAAUUUUGGGUUGCUUAAAGAAGUUUCGUUGGGUUGGGUUGAAGUGGGAGCAUGCACUCUCGAGGCUUUCCUUGUGAACUGUGGGUAUCUUGAGAGUUUGAGCCUGAAACACUGUUGGAGCAUGGAGAACUUCCUUCGUUUUUGUGGAAGGGGCUUAAAGCUGAAAACUUUGGUGGUUUAUAAGUGCAGGUUUUAUUAUCCUUGCUUUGCAGUUGAGGUACCAAAUCUGAGUUGCUUGAGGUACACUGGGACCCUGCCAAGGUUUAAUAUAUCCAGAAAUAAUAGAGGCUUGGAUGAGGUGGAGCUUGACUUUGGGCUUGAGUCUGUGUGCAGUUGUUCCAUGGCUGAUCUUCUCUAUAAGCUCUUCUUUGAAGUCUUCCCCAUGAGGGCAUUGACUGUUUGCACCUACAUACUUCAGGUUGUGAGCAUGGGAGAGGAUUUCAUUGGUAUGGAGCCGUCUUUUCCCCUUACACACUUGACAUUAAAAACAGCAAUGCAUGACUAUGAACAAGUCGGCAUCCGAUAUUUCUUUGAUAGCUGUCCUCAUUUGGAAACUCUUGAGAUCCAAUUAGGCCCCGGCAGAAUUUUUCAUGAUGAUUAUGAAGCUCCAUAUGGUGAACUGGAUCCUCAUGAACUGUGGAUCCGCCAUCCAGUAGUUUUCGUGUGCGUGACUCAAACUUUGAGGGAGGUUGAGAUCAAGGGUUUCAAGGGGACACCAAAUGAGAUUUACGUGCUGCACUAUCUGGUCACCCAUGGCCGUGUCAUGGAAAAGCUUACUGUGAUUACUUCCAGGGAAAUGAGCAAUCGUGGAAACCCAACAGUUUAUCGGAAUAUUGCCAACCAAGCGCUUAUGAUCAAAAGUGCCUCGCAAAAUCUGCUCAUAACGGUUCUUUAA